ACGAGUCUCACUCGGGCUAGCUUGCAGCAACCUGGAAAACAUCACCGUUUUCAUCAAAUGUCAGGUGCCAUGAUCGUUUUGCCUUGUUUGAGGAAGCCGAGUUUAAGUUCAGUAACGACGACUGCCCCGACUGCCAUCCACAGAGCGUUUUACUAGGGUUAACGUGAGGCAGCCUGUAACCAAUCACAUUAUGAAAUCAAACCACUAAAGUCAUUUGCAGACUAUCUUGGCAAAUGUCACGCAGGCCUAAAUGGCCUCUACGGAGAGAAAACAUGAGAUAUGCAGCCCGUUCCUUCCACGGCGCAAUUCUUUGAGGAAAACAAGUGCAGAAAUUGUCAGUGAAGUAAGACAGUCCCUGCGAGUUCAGUCUACCCAGCGACCAUUUACUCCCAGAGAUGGAGAAAGGCAACUUUUUGGGAAGAACUCCACUCGUGCAGCCAACAGGCCUCCAUCGGCCUUUAGUCUUCAUGCUCAAAAUUUUGAUGCUCCUGACUCCAGGCCAGGCUCAGGGACUCGCCUCUCCCCUCUGGACCAUAGGCCAAAGUUUCCAGUCCCCUGUGAUGCUGAAGACCCAUUCAAGGCCUUUCCCAAACCCCCCACUGACCCACUGGAAGUGAAGAGGGGGUUGGCAGGGGCACGGACACGCCUCCUCAGGGCUGGAUCUCUCACCGCGUUGCCUCCUGUUGAGGGACACACAGAUGUGAAAGAGAGGUUGAACCCAGUCCCAGGACAAAGGGAGACUUCAGCUAAACAACUCAGCAGUGCAGACCCCACUGAAGUUCGCAGUGGUCCUCUCAAACCUGGCCCACGCAGAGCAGCAAGUGAAAAUAGAAUAAAGCAGUCUGGUGAUGACUCAGGAGUUAGACCCACAGAGUGCAGUGCAGGACAGAGCACAGGGCUGGCAAAUGGAGACACACACACCACAAGCACAGAGGAGGAUGCAGAGUCAUUCCUGUGGAAUAACAUGAUUGCUCCUCUUCUUCAGCAACUGGAGAGUGUGGCUGCAGGCAGCUCUGAGGGCUCGGUGGACCGCCUGUGUGAUUUGUGUGAACGUCUCCAUGGCACCUUGGCAGAAGCGGACAUGCUUGGCAGACGCUGUAAGAGGAGGUCGGGGAUACUUCGAGCGCUGUUCCGCCUCAUCGACCUCAACUCUGCCCAGCUCAACCUGCACAUCGCAAAGCUCUGCCUCGCUCUGUGUGUCAGUGGAAACAACCUGCUCAACAUCUGUAAGCUCGUCUUCCAGAUCAGCCGCAGUGAAAACAACGACAUCCUCUUCCAGAACAACUCUAUCAUCGAUUCCAUUUUGGGCAUUUUGAGCAAUGAGGAUGUGUCUACAUCUGGAGAAGCUCUGCUGUACUGUGUUGGGACUUUGAAAUUUCUCUCAGGAAACAGUGCCGUCCUCAGACUAUUGCUGGACAAGAAUUGUAUUGGUGUGGCUCAGAAACUCAUUCAGAGGCUCUGCACAACAGAAGACACCAACUUCGCAAUGGCAGGGCACAUCCUGGUACAGCUGACUGGGACCCUGAGGAACCUUGCAGAUCACCCUGAUUCCCGUCGACUCUUCAUUUCCUUCUCUUUACUAUCCGAGCUCUGUCUGGUGCUGCGGCAUCACUGCAAAGAUCAGGACAUCUGCACCAACAUCUCCAGAAUAUACAGUAAACUCUCCUCUUACUCGGAGUGCCGCCUCGCUCUGGCCCAGACCCCCGACUGCUACCGCCUAUUUUUAGAACUGCUGAGCAAACAUCACCAAAAACAGGACCUUGUCGUGCGCCUUCUUUUCACCCUCGGGAACCUCACAGCCAAAAGCGACGAGGCCCGGCUGCAGCUCUUUCAGUGUGAAGGCUGCUUGGGCAUCCUCCUGCAGCUGUACGACAGCUACCAGCGCAGGGACGACUCACUGCCUACACCCACAUGGAAAGGUCCCUCUUCCUCAGGCAAGCCUCCUGUGCCUCCGACGAGUGUGCAGAAAGGUGAUGAUGUGCUGGUGAAGCUGAUCAGGGUGCUGGCCAACAUGUGCAUCCACCGGGCUGUGGGUCCAGCUCUGGCAACAAACACAAGCUGCAUUCAGCUGCUGCUGGAGACACUAGAGCUGAGGUCUGUGCAGGAAAGCGAGGAGCUGUUGGUGAAUGUGGCUGCCACCAUCAACAACCUGUCCUUCUACCAGGAGGAAAGCUCUGUACUCAGACACAGUCAACUCGCCAUCGCCAAGUUGAUGUUGAAGUUGCUGAUCAGCUCCAGCACAGACGCCAUGCUUGAAGCCACCCGCGUAUAUGGAAAUUUGUCACAGUCCAAGGAUGUACGGGAUUUUAUCAUGCAAAACAAAGUGCAUCAGUUUGUGGUGACGCUGCUCGACUCAAAAAGCACAGAGAUGUGUUUUUCAGCCUGCGGGGUCCUCACCAACCUGGCUCUGGACCCUCCAAACAGGGUCAGUCUCUCACUAGAGGGGGCUGCUGCCAAGCUUGUGGACUGUUUGAAAGACUUGGGACCAGGUGAUUGGCAGCUGGCGGGCCAGGUUUGUCAGGCGCUGUGGAACAUGAUCGGUGGAGGCUCAGAGAAGCUGCUGGACAAGCAGGAGAGAGAUUCCCUGCUGGAGAUCCUUGUUACAUACCUAGACGAAGAAGAGGCUCUGCAGUGGAUAGAGAAUGAAGAUAUGAGGGACUACCACAGGACAUGCUGGGAGUUAGAGUUCCUGCCUGUAGCUCAAAAACUCGUGACGACGCUCCAGCCUCCCUAACAGACAGCCGGACAAACUGGGACGUGGAGUUAAGGCUUAAAUCUGACUCAGCGUCCACUUUAUAUGAAAUUAACACUUACCUCAAACGAGCUUUAAAAGUUUGUACUUUCCUUUUCGUGGAGGGAAAAAAAGGACACCCUUAGAGAAAUCUCCGACAGCUGCGGAGGCAUAAUUCCCUUAUCCACUGUCGAUCCAUAUGCUCAGAUAUUUUCCAGUGAGUCCAUAAUUUUGGAAAAAUAUGACUAAAUAUUUUAAAUUUAAGAUGACUAUUGAUGCUUUGCACGAAGAAUUACAAACGUUUUAGUCUUAAGGCCUACAGACAGUGUCAUAUUCAGAACAAUAUAGUUUAGGCGGCUAAUAAAGCUAAUUAAGAGCAAUGUAAGUGGCAGGCUCAUUCUGUAACAUGCAUGUGCCUUACAUACUGUAUGCACAUAUUUUAUCCAUCUCAUUGCUGUGAACAUAAAGUACCUAUACGUUGGUGUAUAUCCUGUGUAUAUCCACUCCUCGCCUUAUCGAUACUGACAGCUGUAUUUGUUUGUUUCUUUCCUUUUUUUUGGUAGCUUUUCUUUUCACUUUAAAUGCACUUUAAUUCCCAUAAAGCUUGCGGAAGCAUUCAUUUCUGGGUAUCUUCACCCAUCUUACAGGGAUAACUUAAUACAAGCUCUUUUAUGUAACAGGCUUGAUCUUUUCUCUUGGUACACUGUGUUGUAAAAGUUAUUUUAUGAUAAUGUUGUCUCGAAACCAGAUGACCGUCCUGGAAUUGACCUCAUAAGGAAACGUUUUAUUGUCUGUGUACUGUGUGACAUUGGAACUUGUACAUAAUAAAGCAGACGAGAGUGGAAAAUCA